AUGAGACCACUUUACAUUGCUUUAAAGACAAUUCUGAUGUUUAUAUUAAUUGUGUUGCAGAGUAAUGUGGUUGUUGUUGUAUCUUCAUCUUCUUCCAUGUUCAUGUUGUCAACUACAACUACAACUACAGCUGCUGCAUGUGUACACAGCCAAUGGUUAGCACUGUCAAAGCUGAGAGCUCUCAACCUUCAUUCAAAGAAGGUGAUGGAAUGGAAUAUGGAGGAAGAUUGCUGUAGUUGGGGUGGCGUUUCAUGUGACCCUGCCACCGGUUAUGUCAUCGGACUUGACCUCAGUUUCAGUAUGUUGUCUGGUGAAAUUUUUCCCAUUUUCAAUCUUCAUCAUCUUCAAACUCUCAAUCUUUCUUGCAACAAUUUCAACACCACUCCAUUUCCGUCCGGGUUCGAGAAACUCAGGAAUUUGACUCACCUUAACCUUUCGCAGACCUCUUUCUCUGGUCAGAUUCCUGUGGGGAUUUCGAGGCUGACAAGACCUCUCAGCUCAAGGCUCUAACUGGUCUCAUGCCUUAUCCUCUACUGCAUUGCCUCAUCUUCAGGUUUUAAGUUUGUCCGAUUGUGGUCUCAAUGGUCCAAUCCACCCUUCAUUUGCAACACUAAAAUCUCUGUCUUAUUUGCAACUUAGCCAUAACAAUCUGUCUUCUGAUUUCCCAGAAAAUGUCUUUCUCCUUCCAAAAUUGAAAACCAUUGACAUCUCCUAUAAUAGCUUUCUGAGUGGCCAGUUUCCAGAGUUUCCAAAACACACAUCUUUGCAAAGAAUUUCACUUUCUCAAACAAAUUUUCAUGGAGAAUUGCCUGAGUCCAUUGGAAAUCUUCAGUCACUGAAAUGUUUUUAUAUUCCUUACUGCAAUCUCUCGGGUUUAAUCCCAUCGUCACUAGCAAACCUCACAAGUAUUAUUGAGUUGAACAUUGGAAACAACAGAUUCGCUG